CACAUUGUCCGGCUCCGAAUUUCUGUCAAAUGGGCGUUUUCCGCGUGCUACCUUGCCCAGGUCAGCCUAUUUAUAGCUUUCGUCACGGCCAUCGUGGGGCUGUGGAGCAUGGCCGAACAAGGAGACGCGUGAAUUAGCAUAUGUUGCGAACCCAGUUUCUGAAUCAUUGAGUCCAGAUGGCAGCAAUUAUGCCUCUCACGACUGUUCAAAAGCAUCGCGCGAGCAUAUGAACCGCGCUUAUCUGUGCGCGUCAUUGCAGUGGAGAUAGGACAAUCAAGUACAUGCGAGGCUUUGGAGAGCGCUCACUGAAUAAAAAGCUGCCAACUGUGAGCAGGACAUCCAAGGUCCUAUCCAGGUUCUCUCCCUUUCCAGCUCACAAUGGUCUUUGCCUCUGCCCUCGUCUCGCUCCUCCUCGCCGCUGCUGCCCUCGCGGCUCCCCGCAGCAACAUCGGAGGCCGCCAGGCCCGCCGCCGCAUGUCUGGCCCGCGUCUCCCGUCUGAGGGCCCGCACGCGAACCUCAUCUCCAACUCGACCUCCCAGGUCUCCUACAGCCAGAACUGGGCCGGAGCCAGUUUCGAGAGCCCCUCGGGCACGUACACCUCCGUCACCGGCACCUUCACCGUCCCUACCCCCAAGUCACCCGGCGGUUCGGGCAGCUACGCGGCCUCCGCCUGGGUCGGCAUUGACGGCGACACCUGCUCGAGCGGCAUCAUGCAGACUGGCAUCGACUUCAACGUCGACAGCGGCCGCGUCUCCUUCGACGCCUGGUACGAGUUCUACCCCGCGUUUGCCAGCGACUUCUCCGGCUUCUCCGUCAGCGCUGGUGACGUGAUCACCCUCGUCGCGACCAAGAAGUCCUCCACUUCCGGCAGCGUCUCCAUCACCAACGAGUCCACCGGCAAGAGCGUGUCCAAGUCGCUCUCCGGCAGCGGCAAACUCUGUGGCGAGAACGCGGAGUGGAUCGUUGAGGACUUUGAGGAGGGAAGCUCGCUCGUGCCGUUCGCCAACUUCGGCACUGUCACGUUCACCAAUGCCAAGGCUACUCUCGCCUCGGGUGGAACCGUCGGACCGAGCGGCGCACAGCUGCUUGACAUUGAGCAGAACAGCAUCCUGACCUCCGUCAGCACGACCUCCAGCUCUGUGACCGUCAAAUACGUGUAAAGUUCUGUUGAUCUGGUGGAAUGUGCCGUCAGUUUGUUCACGUAGCCGCGCACUUCUUUGUAACAGAAUUGUAUUCAAUCUCAAGCCCAUUUAUACAGCGAAUGCUUCCC